GGUUGGGAGACGCAGGCAUGCUGCGUCCCAAGGCUUUGACGCAGGUGCUAAGCCAAGCCAACACCGGAGGAGUCCAAAGCACCCUGCUGCUGAAUAACGAGGGAUCGUUGCUGGCCUACUCCGGUUAUGGGGACACAGAUGCCCGGGUCACCGCGGCCAUCGCCAGUAACAUCUGGGCCGCGUACGACCGGAACGGGAACCAAGCAUUUAAUGAAGACAAUCUCAAAUUUAUCCUCAUGGACUGCAUGGAGGGACGUGUAGCCAUUACUCGGGUGGCCAACCUCCUGUUAUGUAUGUAUGCCAAGGAGACUGUAGGCUUCGGAAUGCUCAAGGCCAAAGCCCAGGCUUUGGUGCAGUACCUGGAGGAGCCCCUCACCCAAGUAGCAGCAUCAUAGUAAUGUGAUGGACGCUGGAGUCAGAAGGGAUGGAGGUUGGGAGGAGCAGGGCCCUGGAAACACCUACUGGACUGGUUACAGGAAAGUGGGACUUUGGCUUUUUUCCAAAUAAAUUUCAACUCUUGCCUUGUG